GAAAAUGAAUACCCCUAAAGAUCAAGAUGCAUCCGCCGAUGAAGUCAAUCAUACAAAAUUAACUACCUAUCCCUCUUCAGAGGUUACUGGACAUCUUGCUGCUGAUCGAUACAAGUAUAAUGCCGGCAAAAGCGGUCUCGCUGGAUUUAUUAAGAAUCCAUAUGUGUGUCUGACAGCUGUGUUUGCCUCUAUUGGUGGUAUCCUUUUUGGAUACGAUCAGGGUGUCAUCUCUGGAGUUCAAGAAAUGGAUGACUUUAUUCAACGAUUUCCAAUGAACCCUACACAGAGAGGUUUUAUGGUUUCCAUUCUCGAACUUGGUGCAUGGGCUGGCUCAUGGAUUAUUGGUUACUUUGCUGAUAGAAUUGGUCGAAAGCAUUCCAUUGCACUAUCCACUGUUAUCUUCUUACUAGGAAGCGCCAUUCAAGGUGGUGCUCAAAAUGUGAAUUAUCUACUUGGUGGUCGGUUUGUCACUGGUAUGGCUGUCGGCGCCCUUAGUUUAUUAGUACCCCUCUACCAAUCCGAAAUCUCCCCUCCUGAGCUUCGUGGAUCUUUGGUUUCAUUACAACAGCUGGCUGUGACGUUUGGUAUCUUGAUCUCCUUUUGGAUUGACUUUGGCUUGACUCAAGUAGGCGGUCAGGCGUCGUGGCGUGUGCCUCUUUGUCUCCAAAUGUUCUUUGCUAUCUUGCUUGGUCUUGGUAUUCUCUUUUUUCCUUUCUCGCCUCGUUGGCUUAUGGGUCAAGGAAGAGAAGAAGAAGCAUUACGUGUGAUCUCCAAGCUGCGUCGUCUUCCUCAAGACCAUCCAUUAGUCAUUGAAGAAUGGAAAGAAAUUAAAGUCUCUGUUGAAUUUGAUCGUCAAGUCGAACGUGAACAGUAUCCUCAAUAUGUCGACAAGGGACGUAAAGGUCGACUGAUGAUCGGACUCUUGGGUUACCGAGAUCUGUUCAGAAAAGGCAUUUUUAAUCGCCUCGCUAUUGGUAGCAUCAUCAUGUUCUUCCAGCAAUUUUCCGGUGUUAAUGCAUUAAUUUAUUAUGCACCCAAAAUUUUCCAGUCAGUCGGAUUAACUGGCACUUCCGUGUCUCUUUUGGCAACAGGUGUCGUUGGUAUCAUCAAUUUCGUCAUGACCUUCCCUACCGUAUUCUUGCUGGAUAUUGUUGGUCGUAAACGCACACUUAUGGUUGCCUCCAUUAUCAUGGCUAUCUGUAUGAUCAUUGUCGCCAUCAUCACAGCUCUCUUCCAACAUGAUUGGCCAAAUCAUACGGCUGAGGGAUGGGUCUCGGUUGCCUUCAUUUAUAUCUUUAUUGCCAACUUUGCCUAUGGUUGGGGUCCUAUCGCUUGGGUUAUUGCUGCUGAAAUCUUCCCUUUAAGAGCUCGUGCAAAGGCAAUGAGCGUAACAACUUCUGCAAACUGGAUGUGUAACUUCAUUAUUGGUCUUAUUGUACCUACUAUGUUGGCAAACAUUACGUAUGGUACUUACAUCUUCUUUGCCUGCUUCUUGGUGUUGUCAUUUUUCUUUGUUUGGUUAUUUGUACCAGAAACAAAGGGUCGUUCACUUGAAGAAAUGGAUGAAAUCUUUGGUGGACAAUCAGCCGUCCGUGAUGCUGAAAUCAUGAACCAAGUGCAAAGCAAGGUCAAUCAGACAAGCAUACCAGUCGAAACAAAGGGAAGAUCUGCUUAAGUUUUCCUACAACAUAAUUAAAUUAUUUGUAUACAUAUUGUGUUAAUAUCGUUAUUAAAUAUCUAUUCUUUGUAUAUGUGCGUAGUCUAUUCGUUUUUUG